CGUACGAAGUUCUACGUUGUUACUAACUGACUGACUGAAACGUUUGCAAAUGCUGUUCAUAUGAAAAUCAUUAGGUUCCGUGACACCAAUGCAGAAUAUCCCUUCAAAAAAACGUACAAUAAAUAAGCUACAUAAUAAUGAAUACAUUUUAUUAACCUUGAAAUAUUUACUCAAGGUUUUCAUAUGAAGAACUUGAUGUUUCCAUUUACAUUAAUAUAGAAUUGUCUUAUGAAAAAUUGACAGUGAUUUCAUGGGAUGAGCUCACUAUUCCAAUAACUAUUGCUUCCGUGGAUACAAUGAACUGAACAAUCACCCAAGUGAACUUUUAUCAAGCCCUAGUGAAUAAGCUACAUAAUGACCCCAAAAAUACUGCGACAAUAUGUCAUGAUAAUAAAUGAUAAAAAUAAUUUGAUUAUAGGCCAGAUAUUAGUGGGACAAUUUAAUGUAUAACUGAAAACAAUUCUGAUGUUCACCCACCAAACAUCGUUUAUUCGACCACAGAAUGUGAUACUCGUGGAAGCAAUAUUUUGGUUACUGUCGACAUCUUUUUGGAGCGUAAAAUCCACCAUCACACUGCCAAGAAUUACAUUUUGCAAUUAUAAUCACAUCAUGGAUAGUUUGGGCUUCAUCCGCUGAAAUUAUUAUUCAUUUACGAAAGUGUACACUGUUAAUCAUUCAACAGUAAUUAACUCGUUACGUUUAGUGUAAACGCAUUCACGUCUACUUCUCCCUGACUAAUAAGAAACCUUUUGUCUAUUCUAAAUCUAUUCAGAGCCAACUUUACAAUGUGCCGGUCAAAUGGGCUUUUUGUGACUGUUCGGAAGUUACAAUCCCACAUUCAACGAUGAUGGAGUCGUCCGACAGGAUUGAUUUCAUUAAACACAGCUUUUGCUACUUGGAUUUUAACCUAUCAAACCAAAGCAAUGCACCAUUGGUAAACAGUUCACAAAUCAUGACAAGUAACAAAAUGUUUGUUCGCGAAAAUAUGAGCACACAUUUUGAUCAACAUUAAAAACCCCUCACUUAGUUUAAGCUAUUGCUAAUCAUAUCCAAUAUAAUUUUUACCAAUAGAGGCCUUGGAAUUUCAACCAACGGUGAAUAAGUGUCAGCCUUUAGAGUACAACAACUAGAAGUAUAUUGCAUUACGAUGAGUUCGUCCUCCACGAUGAGUGGUUAACAAUGAUCAUAUGAUUUUAUGAAAUGUGAUGUUUCCAAUGGUCACUUUGGAUCGUCGAAUAAGAAGCAUACAAACAAACACUUAAAAAAUUGAUAUAAACACGACAAGGUCUAACAACGAUUAAUAACGUUGUGAACAAGAAAAUGAGGCAGAGCUUUGCAACUGGCCAGUUUAUACUGCUGUAUUUGAUCAUCGUAUUAAUUUAUAAAUUCUUCGACUGCCAUGACAUUUGCAAAAUACCUGAAAAAGUAAUUUUUGAGGAUGAUGAAAAUAAAUAUUCUCAUCACUAUUAUUAUUCCCAGACAAUCCGGUCUCAUCAGCCUCUUCCGGUUGUUAAAGGCAGAUUUGAAAGUUUGGUUGAUGAUAAAGAAAUUAAUGCAACAUUCCCGUUUACGUUUUACGGCACUACAGUCACCAAAUUCGAAAUUGACAGUUAUGGUCAUGAAUUCGAUAUAACUACUAUGAUACAUUCGAAUGGGAUGAUAUCAUUCUAUUAUAAUAACCUUCCUAAGGUAAUUGGUGAAAACCGAAAGUUAUCGAGUAUUGAGGCUUCUGCUGUGUGCGAAGAUUGUCCAAAACACAAUUCGAAUAAAGCAUGUCAAGACGCAACAACAUCGAAUACAACGUGCCUUUGGUGUGAAACAGCCAAUAUGUGCAUCACCAGCAAUGAUAAGGAUCUUCAUGAAUUCAAAGUAAAUGGUUGCAAGAAUAAAAACAUGACCACAGAUACAACUGAACACAUGGAGGAAACAAAAACACUGCAAUAUGUGUACAUCGUUGUGCCAUUAGUUAUAUCUUUCCUUAUUUUGUGCAUUGGCUGUAGCAUUUGGCUAUGGUUCUACAGAAGGAACAGAGUUCAUCCAUAGUCCUCACAAACAGCUUGUCAAUUGUUUUCAUUAAGUCGAUUUUGUUCUUUUCAUUUUGUAGUUUAGUAAACACACUUUCUAUUUUGUUAAUCAUUUCAAUAAAUUAAAGAUUGUUUCAUGGAACUGCAUAUCAAAUUGAUGAUU